AUGGUUUCGCAUAGACGUGGCUUCCAUGUGUUCUACCUCUGCAUCAUAGUCCUGCUGCUGGUCGCGCUUUACUGGAAGACCCUGGCGCAACUGAAAGCCAACAGAGUGGGGCGCAUUGCCAAGAGUGGGUCAAUAGCAACACAAUCCAUAGUCGCUGAUCCACUCUACGAUAAGAUUCGUGUCCUUUGCCUGGUGACCUACAAAUAUUGGUACACCGAUGCGGCCAGGUAUGUGAAACGCACCUGGGGCAAGCAUUGCAAUGUACUGCUGCUGGUUAGUGGGCAGGCGGAUCUGGAGCUGGAGCCCUAUGUGCCGCUGGUCAACACAACAGACAAUUGGACGCUGGUGCGGCAGGGCCUUAUCUACGCGUUCGAAUACUACCAGAACGAUGCCGAUUGGUUUCUCAAAAUCGACGACUGGAGGUAUCCAUAACUUUAUUUGAAUUGUGGCAUUCAUAAAUUGCCGGCUCACUCUUUGUCAUUAUUUUUUAUCGCUUGCAUAUUGUUAUGACAUUCAAAACAUUCGUUUUACUUCUUUAUGCGCUGC